AUGAAGCUCUCUUCCCUCCUCGUCUUCGGAGGCCUCUGCCUGGCCAUCGAUCCGCCUCGUGAGCCUAACCCACCUCGGGGCGGCGGCAACAAGCUGUUAGCAUACAAUGAGACUGUCACUGGACGCGCGAUCGCGCCCCGUGCCGAUACCGUGAAUUGGAUUGCGGGCAAGGAAGAUGGGCAAUACGUGAUCAUGGAUGAUAGCGGUGCGCUCAGAAUCCAAAGCAUCGUCACAAAUACUUCGCAGGUAUUGGUGCCCGCCGACAAAGUCCCCCAAGGAAACAGAGAAUUCUUCAUCAAACCCGAUCUCUCCGCUGUUUUAUGGGCCACAGACUAUCGAAAGCAAUAUCGCCAUUCAUUCUUUGCUAACUACCACGUUAUGGAUAUCAAAACGGGAUCGCUUGCUCCGUUGACCCCAGAUCAAAAAGCCGAUAUCCAGUAUGCUGCCUGGAGUCCCAAAGGAAAUGUUAUUGCUUAUGUUCGUGGCAACAAUCUCUUCCUCUGGAAAGACGGCAAAUCCAGCCAAAUCACAAAAGACGGCGGCCCAGACACCUUCAAUGGUGUUCCUGACUGGGUUUACGAGGAAGAAAUCUUUGGCAAUCACUAUGCCUUGUGGUUCUCUCCCGAUGGUGAACAGCUCGCAUACAUGAGAACUGAUGAGACUGGCGUUCCCACCUUCAGAGUGCCGUAUUACAUGAACAACCAAAAGUUUGCCCCACCAUACCCUAGGGAACUGGAGCUCCGCUAUCCGAAAGUAUCGCAAACCAACCCAACUGUCCAAUUCCGUGUCCUCGAAGUCGCAUCUGAAAAGAGCACGACGGUGUCGCUGGAUGCUUUCAAGCCAGAUGAUUUGAUUAUUGGGGAAGUGUCGUGGUUGACUGAAGGCCACGAUAAGGUUGCCGUUCGUGUUUUCAACCGUGUCCAGGACAGGGAGAAGGUCGUCUUGGUUGAUACUAGCUCCGCUAAGGGCUCUGUAGUUAGAGACCGCGAUGGCACUGAUGGGUGGAUUGAUAAUGGCAUGGCCAUUCGAUAUGUCGGCAAGGUAAAGGGUAGCAAAAGCACCUCCAAGGAGACUUACUAUGUGGACAUUUCUGACAUGGACGGCUGGUCUCACAUUUAUCUCUUCCCUGUCGGCAAUGGAAAGCCCGUUCAGCUCACUCGUGGCAAUUGGGAAGUUGUUAGCAUCAGUCAUGUUGACACAGAGCGUCAGCUGGUUUAUUUUCUUUCUACCAAACAUCACAGCACUGAACGCCACCUGUACUCUGUUUCUUACAGUACGAUGAGGAUGGAAGCUCUGGUCAAUGACCGUGAGGCAGCUUACUAUGGAGCGUCUUUCUCACCGAAAGGCGGAUACUAUAUUCUCUCUUACCGCGGCCCUAAUGUGCCAUACCAGGAUCUUGUCGCGGUGGAGAAGAACAAGGUCGUUCGAACGCUCCGAAGCAACAACGAUGUUGUUGAAAAGCUCAAGGAGUACAAGCUUCCGAGAAUUGAUUAUUUCGACAUCACCCUGCCAUCUGGCGAGAAGUUGAACGUCAUGCAGCGCCUCCCAGCCAAUUUCUCCCCUACAAAGAAGUAUCCCGUGUUGUUCACCCCAUAUGGCGGACCCGGUUCUCAAACAGUCAGCAAGGUCUUCCAGGCCUUCAACUUGAAUGCAUAUAUUGCAUCCGACCCAGAACUCGAGUAUAUCACCUUGACCGUCGAUAACCGUGGUACUGGCUUCCAAGGCAGGGCUUUCCGUGCCUCCGUCGCUAAGAGGCUCGGUUCCUUAGAACCCGAGGAUCAAAUCUUUGCUGCCAAGGCCUUUUCGAAAUUCCCCUACGUGGACAAGGAGCGCAUUGGCAUGUGGGGCUGGAGUUAUGGCGGCUACUUGACCUCGAAGACCAUUGAGGCUGAUAGCGACGCCUUCUCGUUCGGUGUUAUCACUGCCCCAGUUUCCGACUGGCGUUUCUACGACAGUAUGUACACCGAACGAUACAUGAAGACCUACGAGCAGAACCAGGCCGGCUACAACGCCAGCGCCGUCCGCAAGCCUGACGGUUUCAAGAAGAUCCGAGGAAGCUUCCUCAUCCAGCACGGCACUGGCGAUGACAAUGUCCACUUCCAGAACGCUGCUGCUCUAUCAGACCUACUCAUGGGUGCCAGAGUCUCUCCCUCCAAAAUGGAUUCUACGUGGUUCACGGACUCCGACCACGGCAUUAGAUACAACAACAAUGGAUUGUUUCAAUCAAGAGAGCUUCUCAUGAAGCUCUACGAGGAGAAGAACAGGAAGUUUGGCGAGGAGAAGCACCAGUGGAGCAAGAAAAGCAUUGAAUUCGCUGCUUCGCAUUUAGGCAUGAUUCUAUAG